CAGCUGGUAUUUAAAUAUCCUUUCCCCUCCUUCGCUGCUCGCUUCUCGUCUUCUUCAUCAACUGUCCCUCAAUUUGCCUUGCAGUUAUCUUGAGGUGUCUCAUAUCCCCUUGCUUGAUGCCAUACCACCAUUUCUAUCCCACCAUUGUAUACACACGCAUCUGAAACACAUACCACUUCCAACUACCUAAAUAACUACACUACCUACAUCAUCAAACAUGUCCGACAUCAAUGGAAAAGCGCCCGCCCAACCAGUGAACCCUCGGCCUUCGGGACCCUCUGGCUUGGUCAAUGUGCAACCAGCUCGUCUGGAGGACUUGCAGCCUAAGUACGCCCAGCAAAUCCAGCACAAUGAAGAGAACCCAGAUGCGCAUGGCUGGUACGCAGGAUUUAUUCACGGACUGGGAGAAUUCAUCGGAUGCCUAGGUGCUAUCCCAUGCUGCUUUUGUUGCCCGAACCCCUUCAAGCCAGUCGCACAAGGUGAAGUUGGCUUGAUCACAAGGUUUGGACGAUUCGAACGUGCCGUCGACCCCGGUCUUGUUAAGGUGAACCCUCUGAGUGAGCACCUCACAGCUGUGGACGUCAAGAUUCAGAUUGUCGAAGUGCCUCGCCAAAGCUGCAUGACCAAGGACAACGUGAACCUGAACCUGAGCUCUGUUAUCUACUAUCAAAUUGUUUCACCCCACAAGGCUGCGUUCGGUAUUUCCAACAUUCGACAAGCGCUUGUGGAGCGCACUCAAACCACAUUGCGUCAUGUCAUUGGUGCGCGGGUCCUGCAAGAUGUGAUUGAGCGCCGCGAGGAGAUCGCCCAGUCGACAUCGGAGAUCAUUGAAGAUGUGGCCUCCGGAUGGGGUGUCGCGGUUGAGUCGAUGCUUAUCAAGGACAUCAUCUUCAGCAAUGACUUGCAAGACUCGCUCUCUAUGGCCGCGCAGUCCAAGCGUAUCGGUGAGAGUAAGGUUAUUGCUGCUCGCGCUGAAGUCGAGUCGGCCAAACUUAUGCGUCAGGCCGCCGAUAUCCUGUCCUCGGCCCCUGCGAUGCAAAUCCGUUACCUUGAGGCGAUGCAAGCCAUGGCCAAGACCGCCAACAGCAAGGUCAUCUUCCUCCCGGCGAUGAACCAGACCGUGCAGCAGCAGCUAGCCGCGGCUGAAAAUGCCGGUGAGGGACCGAGCCGAUAUGGACAGCAACCCGAGGAUGGAUUUCAGCGUGCGAUGAAUGCACGUGUGGUCGAGGACAUCUGAGCACCCCCUGACAAAUUUGCGUGCUUCACACGAGUUCGGCGAUUGAUUUCAUGAGUUUCAUGGAGAUGUCGCGAGGUUCAAUCUGACCCAUGACGCUCACUAAGACCACGUGACUGCCAUUGCAAUUGUGCUUUUCAACAUGGAUGCUGCAGUUUGCAUUCAUAUGCGGAUGACUAUGACGAUACCCACCUUCGUUUUCGCUUGUGCUUAUGAUACUCCCGGGAUGCGUUUGGCCUUCUUUGUUGAUAGUUUUGCUAUCGUUUCGGUGGUCCUUGACCUAUUAAUCUAAUUAUGAUCUACUUGAGCCUUGCCCGAG